GCUGGCCGAGCCUUUCGCUUAGUUCAAGCCUUUCAUUUCCAUGAGCUUGAUAUGCCGAUCAAGAUGGAUCUCACUCCCCCGCCGGAAGUCGACGCAUUCAUCGAGAGUGAGGAGAAACGGCGCGUAUUUUGGAUGGCUUACUUCCUUGAUCACCUGUUCAGUAUGCGGAACGACUGGCCCGUUACUUUGAACGAGCAUGUGAUCUGCACUCGUCUACCGGCUCCAGAAAGUGAAUUUCAAAGCGGCCAAUUUGCCCUGGGUCGUUUCUUAUCAGAAGCAAUGACCGAUUUCAGUCAGACCACAUCGUCUCCAUUCAACGAGUGUCUCAUUCUAGCCACCAUCUGCGGUCGCAGUCUGAUGAAUGAUCACCAGGACAAAGUAUCAAAAGCUUACGGUGAUCCGGGCUCAGAAUUGGAGCUGCAACGCCAAUGGCUGGAUCAUAUUCUCACGACCAGGCUUGAAGCAUUAUCUGACCGUUACCCAUCUCCUACUGAGGCACACGAUCCUCUCCUAUUGUUUGCCAACAUCCUCGGCCAGACCACGGUUGUGUACCACUGCAAGGGUAUCAUCGAGUCCACGGCCAACUCCUCGACCUUGGAAAAUUCUAAUUCCGAGUAUCUCGAGAUCCAGAGUCGCGCUGUAGCUGCCAUCAAAGACAUCGUCAGCCUUGCAAAAGCCAUGAGCGAAUUACAUUUCUCCAAGAUUCACCCAUUAAUGCCAAUUCCAUUAUUCAUCUGCGCUGAGUUUCUUUACGACCAUUCUUCCAAACAAGAGGCUUUUCAGCCAUAUCUGCAAGAGUUGGUUUCCAUCUUCUAUGGGCUCACGAAUGUGAACAACCAUGAGCAGACCUACGUGGACUUAUUACCUCGGUCAUGCAUCUCCAAAACGAAAGAGCUGCUCAAGCAUGGCAUUGGAGCUAGUACAGUUGAGGCAUAA